GGAAACCGCGGAAAUUUAAUUUGAAGCGUGUAAUGGCAGAUGAGCUUGAGAGAUUCACCAGUAUGAGGAUAAAGAAAGAGAAAGAAAAACCCAAUACAACAUAUAGGAAUUCAUCUGCUUCAUACUCGGAUAUUUCUGGGACAGGUCAAACUUUGCAGGAUAUCUCUGAUGAAGAUGUACUUGUUCUCUUUGAGCAGAUGCUGGUGGAUAUGAAUCUAAAUGAGGAAAAGCAGCAGCCUCUAAGGGAGAAAGACAUUAGUAUCAAGAGAGAAAUGGUGUCUCAGUACCUGCAUACUUCUAAAGCUGGCAUGAGUCAAAAGGAGAACUCGAAAUCUCCCAUUAUGUACAUUCAGGAACUAAAAUUUGGUCUUAAAGAUGCACAGCUCCUUGGAUGUUUGGAGUCUCUACGUGUGUCACUCAAUAACAAUCCUGUCAGCUGGGUGCAAAAUUUUGGAGCUGAAGGUCUGAAUUGCCUACUGGACAUAUUGAAAGGUCUUCAUGAUGAGAAGGAUGAGUUUUCUGGGUCAUAUGACUUCAGGAUCCAACAUGAAAUUAUUAGGUGUUUAAAAGCUUUCAUGAACAACAAAUUUGGAAUUAAGACAAUGCUUGAAACAGAUGAUGGGAUUCUACUUUUGGCAAAAGCAGUUGAUCCUAAAGUCCCUACGAUGAUGAUUGAUGCUAUCAAGCUACUCUCUGCUCUCUGCAUCCUGCCUCAGCCUGUGGAUAUGCACGAGCAAGUUUUGGGAGCAUUGACUGAACGUGCAGAAAUGGAUGAAGUAGAACGAUUUAAACCCAUUGUGGAUGGCCUGAAAAGUGGAACUUCAGUAGCAUUAAAGGUAGCUUGUCUACAGUUGAUCAAUGCUCUAAUCAUCCCAUCAGAUGAGCUCGACUUCAGGCUGCACAUCCGCAGUGAAUUAAUGCGCUCUGGACUGCAGCAAAUCCUGAAGGAAUUGCAUGCUCAAGACAAUGAGGAGCUGAAACUGCAGCUGCAGGUAUUUGAAGAAUAUGGUGAAGAAGAUUCUGCAGAACUCAGAGGCCGCUUGGAAGACAUUCGAAUUGAAAUGGAUGAUUUCAAUGAAAUCUUCCAGAUUCUCCUAAAUACAGUUAAGGAUUCUAAGGCAGAACAACAUUUCCUCUCAAUUUUACAGCACUUCCUGCUAAUCCGCAAUGACUAUGAAGCCAGGCCUCAAUAUUUUAAACUAAUUGAUGAAUGCAUUUCACAGAUAGUUCUGUUCAGGAAUGGGGCUGACCCAGACUUUAAACGCAAACACUUUGACAUUAAUGUUGAGGCCUUAAUAGAUAACUUGAUUGAUCAAACUAAGGUGGCAAAAAGUGAAGCUAAAACCCUGGAAUUGGAGAAGAAGCUGGAAUGUGAAUUGACUGCACGUCAUGAAUUACAAGUUGAAAUGAAGAAGAAGGAAAAUGAUUUUGAGGAAAAAAUUCAAAAUUUACUUCAGGAGAAAGAAACAGUGGCAGCUGAGAAACAGCGUAUUACUUCAGAGAACCAAAACUUAGAAAUUAAUAGCUCUUUGUUGAAUGAUGAGAUUGCUCUACUGACCAAAGAACUUGAAGAUCUUAAAAAGAAAAUGGAGCAAAUCAUUUCAUCUACGUGUUUUCCAUCACAGCAACCACCCCCACCACCUCUUCCCGGUAUGCCAGGGUUGCCCCCUCUGUCUCAGUUUGGGAUACCAGUACCACCACCACCUCCCACUCUAUCUGGUUUUGGAAUUAUGGCAACUCCAGCUCUUCCAUUUGGAUUGCCUCCCAAGAAGCUUUACAAACCAGAAGUUCAACUUAGGAGAACUAACUGGUCCAAGAUUACAGUACAGGAAUUAUCUGAAGGCUGUUUCUGGGUGAAAGCUAAGGAGGAUCGUUAUGAGAAUGAUGAUCUUUUUGCCAAGCUAACACUUCGUUUCUCAACUGCACAGACCAAAUCAAAAAAGCAACCUGAGGGUGGAGAAGAAAAGAACCAAGCUAAGAAGAAAGUCAAGGAGCUGAGAGUGCUAGAUUCAAAAAAUGCUCAGAACCUUUCAAUUUUUUUGGGCUCCUUUCGCUUGCCUUAUGAGGAAAUCAAGAACGCCAUCUUGGAGGUGAAUGAAGCUGUGUUGACUGAAUCCAUGGUGCAGAAUCUGAUUAAGUUAAUGCCUGAACCAGACAAAUUGAAGAUGAUAGCAGGACUGAAAGAAGAAUAUAAUGAACUAGCUGAGUCUGAGCAGUUUGGAAUUGUGAUUAGUUCAGUUUCCCGUCUGCCAUCAAGACUCAAUGCUAUACUUUUCAAGCUACAAUUUAAUGAACAGGUAGACAAUAUAAAGCCAGAUAUUGUUGCUGUUACAGCAGCCUGUGAGGAACUCCGCAAUAGUGAGAACUUUGGUAGUCUUCUUUCCAUUAUCCUACUUGUGGGCAACUACAUGAAUUCUGGCUCCAUGAAUGCUGGUGCCUUUGGAUUCAACAUUAGUUUCCUUUGCAAGCUUCGUGACACAAAGUCAACUGAUCAGAAGAUGACCUUACUUCACUUCUUGGCAGAAACAUGUGAACUGCAUUAUCCAGAUAUCCUGAAUUUUCCUGAUGAACUCAUCCAUGUGGAGAAAGCUUGUCAAGUUUCUGCUGAAAUUUUGCGGAAAAAUCUGGACCAGAUGAACAAACAGAUUUCAGAUCUACAGCAUGAUGUUAACAAUUUCCCCAGUAGUACAGAAGAGAAGGACAAAUUUGUGGAGAAAAUGGCCAGCUUUGUUAAGGAAGCCCAAGAACAGUAUGAGAAGUUACGAAUGAUGCACGCAAAUAUGGAAAACCUUUAUGGGGAAUUAGGACAAUACUUCCUCUUUGACACCAAUAAGAUAUCUAUUGAGGAGUUUUUCACAAAUCUGCGCAAUUUCAAAAAUAUGUUUGUGCAAGGUGUGAAGGAGAAUCAGAAAAGGCGUGAGAUGGAGGAGAAGAUGCGCAGAGCUAAACUAGCAAAAGAAAAAGCAGAGAAAGAACGUCAAGAAAAGCAAAAGAAGAGAGAACAAUUGAUUGAUAUGAAUGCAGAAGGAGAUGAGACAGGAGUUAUGGACAGUCUACUAGAAGCCUUACAGUCAGGUGCAGCCUUCCGUAGAAAAAGAGGACCACGCCAAGGAAACAAAAAUGUUGGCUGUGCAAUCACAUCAUUACUUGCUUCAGAGUUGAUCAAGGAAGAUGCUCUUGGUGCAAAAAAACCACGCAGAGGACUUAAAAAGGAUGAGGAUGUAGAGGUCACUGAAGAAACUCUUGAUGAAACCACUAAGGGGGCAAGCAGUCGUCAAAAUUAGAGUUGGGUGACAACUAGGACCAGUGCCUUUGGCAUGAAAUCUGUUUUACAAAGGAGCUGAAACAACACUAAGUCACUUUGCAGUUUUCCCUUUCACACUUAUAUACAUGGGAUGAAGAAGCAAAUAAUUUAAUCACUUCAGCCUGUGUCAUUCUAGGGCUGUUUUGCAAGAUCUUUAAAUCUGUGGUCAUAUUCUUUGAAUCUUGAAUUUGCUUCUUGUCUCAGUAUCAGAAAUGCAAAGGUUUUUGCUGACUUAGUAACAUGUUUGGAACAAAGGUGGGAGUUUGUGCUGUAUUUACCUACUUCCCUGCAGGCGGGAUUGGGAACACAUCCCCAAGAAGAAAAAUAUGGCACAGAAGAGAGGCUAACGGUCAGAACCUGAUCUGCCCAUGAAUCUCACUGUAUUGAUGUUGCCAAAGCAGGAAUGCAACAAACUGCCUUAAUUAUGACUUUUUAAAUGUUUUGAUUAGGCAUCCUCAUCCCAAGAUAUUUUUUUUCUCAAAAGCCUUCUCUUCAUUAAUGCUAAUAGAAUGAGCUGAUCCCUUCAAAUAUAGGAGGGAGGAUUAUUGGAUAUCUUAGCUAGAUUUGUCUUUUCCCAAUGCACUGCUUUUUUUUUCUUGCCUAUCUUAUGCUGGAAAAGAAAAUGACUCAGAGAUCGUUUUAUCACUGUGGUGACAGGGUUCUGUGCAAACAUUGUAGAGAAUGUUUUCUUUGAAAUGAAAUAAUUUUGCUGUUCUGCUAGGCUGCUAUUCCCCUUUUUAACACAAAAUCUUACUAGUGAAAUGGUAAUAUCAAUGACCUAUUGAGAAAGAAAGUAUGGAUGGUUUGCUGUUGCUGCAUCUAUCCCUGCAUGCUUUUGAACUAAGGUUAAUAAAGUGAUUUACUCAGCCUCAGAAAGGGGUUUUAAGCCCUCUUUAGUUGAGUGAAAAUGCUCAUUGCAACUCCAAAGGAAUGAAGCUGGGAUUGUGUUUCUUCACUGAAUACUCUUCAUGGAAGACUGAUUAGUAAAAUUAUGCAUUCAUUUAAUCUUUUCUGGCAAAAUCCUUUGUAUCAUAUAGCACAUUUUUCAAAACAUGCCAUGUAAGUUUCACAUAAAUUAAAGCUUGCAUUCUUGCUUGCUUUAACAGGUAAUAUGUACAUCAAUGUAUCUUAAUUUCUAUACAGUGGUGGAAGUGGGCUGGAGUCCCCCCCCCCCCAAUACCUUAAGGCCACUUUGACAGUAGAACUAAUUUUAUAUAAAAUUUGUUUAACAAGGAACUUCAGUGAAGAUAAAAGAAAAAUAACAAAUAUAUACAUACUGUUAAAAUUGUUUGUGCAUUCUCCAGUAUUUCAGGGCAACCAAUCACUAUCUGCCCAUAGAUUUUGUCCCAUAGCAUGUAGCCAGCAUGUAUGUGUGGCAGAAAGAGAAAUUUGUAACAUUGACUGAUUAUCGUCAUUUAUGUUGGAAUGAAUAUGAUGGGCUUCAAGAUAUAUGUUAUGAACAUCUGUAAACUUCCAAGACAAAUCAUUGGAUGCUGGCAACUUUUUAAUGUGAUUGAUACCAUUCACUAGAUAAAAAAAUGAGGAAAUAUAUUUUCAUACAAGUUAUCUGGGAUUGGCAAGUCACAUGAAUUCUUUCUCUACUCAUUUUUGCUUUCCCCCCACAGAUAAUACAUAAACUUUCAUCUUUUUAUACA